AUGUCUUCCGAAGGCUUGCCGGCCAUCACGGAGUGGCCUGACUACUCCGACCAGCCUCUCGGUGCCGACCCGUUCAAGCAGGAUGUCAAUUCGCCUUACGACAAGGGCGACCUGUGCUGGCUGCUGGUAGCCACCAUCCUGUGUUGGCAGAUCACGCCGGCCAUCGGCUUCCUCUACGCCGGCAUGCACCGCCGCAAGUCGGCGCUGACCAUGGUCUUCCAGUCCCUGUUCUGCUCCUGCGCGGUGGGGAUCCAGUUCUGGCUGUACGGGUACUCGAUGUACGAGUCGCAUACGAGCAACCCCAUCCUCGGCGACCUCACCAAGGGUGUCCUCCACGAUGUGCUUGCCUACCCGAGCCUAGCCAACACGGACAUUCCGGAUAUCCUCUAUGCCUUGUUUGGCGUCACCUUUGUGACUGCGACGGCCAUGAUUCUGGCCGGCGCCAUGCUUGAGAGAGGUCGUCUCUUCCCCAGCAUGCUCUUCCUGCUGUGCUGGACCACAUUUGUCUACUACUUCCUCGCUUACUGGGAGUGGAACCCGUCCGGUUGGCUGUACAAGCUCGGCGUUCUCGACUUCGCCGGCUCCGGUCCCGUCCACAUCGCCAGCGGCUUCGGUGCGCUGGCCUGGUCCGUCAUGCUGGGCAAGCGUAAGGAUCCGUUGGGCGAGAGCCUGCACGCCAAGAUCCCUCACUUCCACGGACACAACCCGUUCCUCGUCGGCAUCGGCACAAUCUUCAUCUGGUUCGGGUGGCUGGCCUUCAACGGCGCCAGCACGGCCAACCUGAGCAUCCGCAGCAUCUACGCCGUCCUGAACACCAACAUGGCCGCGUGCGGCGGCGGCAUGGCCUGGACCCUGCUCGGGUACGCCCACUCGCGCAAGUUCAGCGUCGUCGGUUUCUGCUCGGGCAUCAUCAGCGGGCUCGUCGGCAUCACCCCCGCGGCCGGCUUCGUGCCCGUGUACACGUCGUGCCUGAUCGGCUGGCUGACAUCCAUGGUGUGCUUCUACUGCGUCCGAUACAAGCACGUCAUCGGCGUCGACGACGGCCUCGACAUCUGGGCCAUCCACGGCAUGGGCGGCGUCGUCGGCGACAUCAUGACUGGCUUCUUCGCCACCGGCUUCGUCCCCGCCCUCGACGGCGUCACCGUCGACAACCCGGGCGGCUGGUACGACCACCACUGGAUCCAGAUGGGGUACCAGCUCGCCGGUGCCGUCACCUGCGCCGCCUGGAGCUUCUUCGUCAGCUGCCUGCUCCUGUUCGUCAUCAACAAGAUCCCCUACUGCCACCUCCGCGUCACCGAGGAGGAGGAGCUCGCCGGCCUGGAUUCCAAGUAUCUGGCCGAGUCUAACGUCGACAUCUUUGGCAUGGGCCAGUACAUGAGCCCGCACGAUACGGAGCGGUCGCCGAGUAUCCAGGGUGUCUCUCAACCCGUCGUGGCCACACUGCCACCUCCCAACGGACAGAAGAUUGACUGA